GCUGGGGCUGCGGCGCCUACAGCUUUUGUGGUGUUCCGGUCGGUCCCUGCCGCGUUCUGUGACCUCUCUUCUGGCUGUAGCAGCGUCGGCGGGGGCGGGAUAAGGGCGGAGCUCCAUGGACCGCCGGGACCUCUGACCUCACAACCCCAACCAUGCCCACGGUGCUUGGUUUCGAGGGUAGCGCCAACAAAAUCGGCGUGGGCAUCGUGAGAGAUGGAGAGGUGCUGGCAAACCCUCGGCGGACCUACCUUACCCCUCCGGGCACGGGGUUCCUUCCAGGAGACACUGCCAGGCACCACCGAGCUUGUGUACUGGACCUGCUGCAUGAAGCCCUGACUGAAGCUGGACUCGACCCUAAGGACAUUGAUUGUAUCGCCUUUACCAAGGGCCCUGGAAUGGGUGCCCCACUAGUCUCAGUGGCUGUUGUUGCCCGAACUGUGGCACAGUUGUGGAAUAAGCCAUUGGUGGCUGUGAAUCAUUGUGUGGGCCAUAUUGAGAUGGGCCGCCUCAUCACUGGAGCCAUUAGCCCAACUGUACUUUAUGUUAGCGGUGGAAAUACUCAGGUGAUUUCAUACUCAGAGCAUCGAUACCGAAUCUUUGGGGAAACCAUCGACAUCGCUGUUGGUAAUUGUCUGGAUCGAUUUGCCAGAGUUCUAAAGAUCUCCAAUGAUCCCAGCCCUGGCUACAACAUUGAGCAGAUGGCAAAGCGAGGCCAAAAGCUAGUGGAGUUACCAUACACUGUGAAGGGGAUGGAUGUCUCAUUCUCAGGGAUCCUGUCUUAUAUUGAGGAAGCAGCUCAUCGAAUGCUGGCUGCAAAUGAAUGUACCCCUGAAGAUCUGUGUUUCUCUCUCCAGGAAACAGUGUUUGCAAUGCUGGUGGAAAUCACAGAGCGGGCCAUGGCACACUGUGGCUCCCAAGAGGUCCUCAUCGUGGGAGGUGUAGGGUGUAAUAUGAGGCUACAGGAGAUGAUGAGGACAAUGUGUGAAGAACGUGGUGCCCAGCUCUUUGCCACUGAUGAAAGAUUUUGCAUUGACAAUGGAGCUAUGAUUGCUCAGGCUGGUUGGGAAAUGUUCCAGUCCGGACAUAAAACAUCACUCAGCGAUUCCGGGGUCACUCAGAGGUACCGUACUGAUGAAGUAGAAGUGACUUGGAGGAACUGACCUACUGAGGAGAGGGUCACAUAGUGUCGACACCAAGGAAAACACGAUUGUGUGGAACCUUCUUGUUUUCUGGUCACAUGAUGGAUUUCAGAGUAGUUUCCCCGUUACCUCUUCUAGAGAGCUGAGCUCCAUCAUGAUGAAGCAAUCAAGCACCUUUGUUUUUGUGUGUCUGUCACUAACAUGAAUUUCUCAGAACCCAUGUGAAUCGCCUUGUGCGAGGUAUAUAGAGGUACACUAAAUAAAUGCUUGUUGAUUUGACAAGCUGACUAAAUAAAAGUGUCAUUGACCAGAAAA